CCGAACGCGCCCGCAUUUACACGCCGCAUCCAAAAAAUUCUGCUUAAAAGACGCAGCGGAGAAGAGAUCCAUCAUCAUCUCUCAUUCUCCCCGUCUCAGUUUCCGGUGCCGCCGCGAUGCAGGGUCGCCAGGCCGGCACGGCGCUCCUGCUCCUCCUCGCCGUCGUCGUCGCCGCCCUCCCCGCGCCGUCGCUCGGCUGGGGCGUCGACGGCCACCUCAUCAUCUGCGAGAUCGCGCAGGGCCGGCUGAGCGACGCGGCGGCGAAGGCGGUGAACGACCUGCUGCCGUCGGGCGCCGGCGGCAACCUGAGCAGCCUCUGCUCCUGGGCCGACAGGGUCAGGUUCAGGUACCACUGGUCGGCGCCGCUCCACUUCAUCGACGUCCCGGACAACGUCUGCAACUACUCCUACGACAGGGACUGCAAGGACGAGGAGGGCGUCAAGGGCCGCUGCGUCGCCGGCGCCAUCAACAACUACACGUCCCAGCUCCUCACCUACGGAUCAUCAUCGCUAUCGCCAUCUUCUAAAUCUUCCGGCCAAUAUAACCUGACGGAAGCGCUCUUGUUCCUCUCACACUUCAUGGGAGACAUCCACCAGCCACUGCAUUGUGGUUUUGCUUCUGACAGAGGCGGGAACACCAUCGACGUCCACUGGUACAGGAGGAAGACCGUACUCCACCAUGUAUGGGAUGUGAACAUCAUCCAGACGGCGGAGAAGGACUACUACGACGAAGGCGCGGGCGAAUUCGUCGACGCGCUGAACAAGAACAUAACGGGGGCGUGGUCAGACAAAGUGCAGGAAUGGGAGGAGUGCGCCAAGAGCCAGACGGCGUGCCCUGACAAAUAUGGGUCGGAGAGCAUCGCUGCAGCAUGCAACUCGGCGUACAAGGGCGUGACAGAAGAUUCAACGCUGAGUGACGCGUAUUUCGGGAGCAGGCUGCCGGUGGUGAACCUGAGGCUGGCGCAAGGCGGCGUCCGGUUGGCCGCUACGCUCAACAGGAUAUUUGGCUAAUCGAAGGCUUAGUGAUUAUUACUAUGUCGCUUUUUAUAGACUGCGAGUGAUGUUUUAACUUGGCACAGAUGAUGCC